AUGGGGUCGCGUGAAUAUGAUGAAUAUCGUCAAAAUGAUGUAUGUCCUGCGGAACUCUCUGAUCUCUCUGAUCUCUCUGAUAAUGAUACCGAUAGCGAACCCGAGUAUUUCACAGCUGUUAAAAGGGGUCACAAAAAAGACGGUCUUGAAAGACUGGAAAAGUUGGAGAACAAAUUCACUUACUCUACCGAUGAGGUUAACAAACAAGGUGAAAGAAAGUGGGGCCCUCUCCAACUAGCUGCUGCAUUUGGAGACGUAGACAUUGUGAAGGAGCUGUGUAAGUACACACGUAUUGAUCUAGUACAGCAGGAUGAUGAUGAAGAUACGCCGCUCCAUGCUGCUGCUUAUUGGGAUUAUGAUAGCACGAUUGAAAUUAUCUUGAACACAGCUAAGGAUCCAGAUGAGGCGAGACGUGCUAUAAAUAAGUAUCACAAGCGAAACGGUCAAGGCAAAACUUCUAUCAAUAUCAUGAUAACUAAAAUGCCAGAUUUGGUAUCCGAAAUCCUGGAUAAAUCGAUAAUCACAACUAAAACUACUGUCCUCACUAAAAGUAGCAAAUGUUCUGAAAAUAAGCAUGAAGACAUUCAGCGAGUCAUCGUUGACUUCGGAGCAUUGGAAAACUACGGCGAAGAGGAAAAAUCGGGGAAAAAAGAUGAAAAGGAGCCUUUUGUGACUGUCAAUGUGGAGAAGGAGGAGGGGAAGGAGGAGAAAAAGACGAAGAAGGAGGAGGAGAGGGACAAGAAGGAAGAGGAGGAAACAGGAAAGCCUCUAACUUCGGGAUAUUAUAAGCACGGUUCAAACCCGCUCCAGAUCAUGGCAAAGAUGAAUCAUAAUCUUCUCACACAUCCAGUGGUAGAAGCUUUGAUCGUUACAAAGUGGGAAAAGUUUGCCAGAACUUACUUCUACAUUUUCACUUUCCUUCUUUACCUUAUCUUCUUCUCUGUGCUGAUGGGAUACCAGUUCACUCAAAUCAAACCAUUUGAACUUUUGGAAAAUGAUAAAGCUAUUAGAUCCUGGAUUGAAAAUUCUAGCCAUACUUGUGAUGAAUUUCCCGAUGGCUGCUCAAAGAAGAAAUCUGUAGAAUGUGAUAUCUUUGGAUACAUACUUUUGAUGAUGUCUGCUAUUCGCCUAUUUCUUGAGCUUCUGGAUCUCCUAGAUAAUGUUUUCAAUGGAUCAGAUCUUGAUAGUGGAAGUAACAGCCCUCUUGAAACUGGCAAAGCGUGGUUACAAGGUUUGAAGAACUAUCUUAUUGACCCUGAGAACUAUUUAGAGGUUAUCUUAUACGGCAGCUGUCUGUUCUUUUCUCUCAAUGUGCUGGAACCGCAAAGUGUCAUGUCCCCUUUUCAUUGGAAGAUUGGAGCUCUCUCCGUUCUAACCAGCUUUAUUAACCUCCUCCUUCUUCUACAAGUAUUCCCGAAUAUUGGAAUAUACAUCAUCAUGUUCUUCAAAAUAGCAUGGACAUUCGUCUCAAAGAUAUUAUCCUUGUUAGUUUUCUUCUUGAUCGCCUUUAUGGUGGUAUUCCACAUGCUGUUGAGCCACACAAAUGUUUUUAGGAAAAUACUAUCCGCAGAUGCCAUCUUCAAGACCUUAUCUGCGGGAGUAUCUGGAGUCGAAUACGACGAUUACGCCGAUCAAGAAAUGAUUUACCCAACAACAACACUGGUGGGUCUCAUUGCUUUCGCUCUGUUUGUCCAAGUUCUUUUCUUGAAUCUUGCAACUGCUUUGGCAAUAGGAGAUGUGGAUGCAAUCCGAAGUGGAGCGGAAAAGGCCAAAAACGCACUUAAAAUCAAGCACAUCUAUAAUGCACAGAGAAUAGCGAAUCUUGUACAAGAAAUACACGAAAUCAGAGAAAACAGAGAUAUGUACAAAGACAUGCACAGGGAAAUGCACAGAUAA